GUAAAAAGAAGCUCUUCGUAAAACAAUCAUAUGAUGAUUACAGGCUCCACAUCGGUCCACAUUGUUAAUGCACAAAUAAUAACAAAGAAACUGGGCACUGUUGAUGCUAUUCAUAUUGUUGUGUAUAGACCCAUUGCUAGGUUACGCACGUAACAGUGGUUACGCACUUAACAGUGAGAUAAACACGUUUUAUCUCGAAGAAUACCAUCAUGGAUUUCUUUUCCAGAAUAUUUUGUUGCUGUAAGACAAAUAAAAGCUUCAUCGAUUCUUCGGAUUUUUAUGUCCCAAGGUGCAUUACAAAUGGAUCGAAGAGUCUUGGGCUGAAAGGGCUGGCUGAUUUCAGUGUUGGAGAAGUAAAUAAGAGAAACAAAUAUGAGGAAUUGAAGCAGGAGGUGAAACAUCUGAGGCAAACAACUGGACUGUCUGUCAUGGUCCUGGAAUGCAAAGUGUCUCAAAUGCAAGAUCAACUUAAUAAUAUCCUUAAGCAGCGGGCUCGACUGUGGCAAGAGAUGACGCAAUUGAAGGAGCAGUUUGGGAUGCAGAGUUCAAGGUCAGAACCCCAGCCAACACCACAAGAGUUCAGGUCCACUUUUCAUUAAGAUGCAGUGCUACCCCAGCAGAUAACUAACUCCUUGGAGUUGGGUCCUGCCAGACACUUGGCCUGUCAAGAAUUUCCAAACAUUUACUUGAACUUGAAAGUUCAAUACCUAGUUCACAAGAAUCCACCAAUGUUCACUAUCCUGAGCGAGGACAAACCAUUCCAUACCACCACAUACUCUUUCCUACCAGAAUUCUAUAGGCAUAUUUCUCCUGAUACAUGCUAUAUGACCUGCCCAUCUCACCCUCCUUGAUUAUAGUAAUUACACUUGGGAAACUGGGGUUGGAUGUUAGAAUAUUUAUGAUUUUCUAUAUGCAAGUGUUGCAUAUAUUGAAAUAAUACCAGUGCACAAUGUUAGUGAUAUUUAUUUUUAAUGUAAUAUUUUUCAUAUGACCCAUGUAAAUAAUUUUUUAAUAAAUGUUUGCAGUUCUGUAUGACUGUGCAUAAUGUAAUAACAUGCCCCAGAACAGGGUACAUUGUUACACAACAUGAGGGAAAUUGUUAAUUUACUGCCUUAGAUCAGUGAAAAUACACCAGUUUUAUUAUAGGAAAUUGAUUAAUUGGAUAACUACUGAUGAACAGUUCUGCCAUAUUUGUUCCCUUUAUUUAAGUAUCCUGGAAAAGCACAGGACUUGCAGAAAGACUGCCAGGGAUAAAACAUAUCAUGCAUUCAUCUGUACAGCGUUUGUUCCAAAUGUUUUCAUUUCAAUACAUGUUUAUAAGUUAUGCUUGAUGUGCACAGGCUCACACAUAAAGUGUCUUGUUAUUUUUGUCUGAUUUUACCCAAACCAGGAAUGUGUCAGAAAAUUUCCGUAAAUAUCAGAUUUCAUCAAAAUCCAUUUGGCGGUUCUCGAAUAUGUGCACAGAGACAAACAGAAAUGGUGAAGCCAAAAGGUGAAGUAGAAGAAAGAGUAAAAGAUCAGAUAGAUAACAGGAAGUUCUGGUAAGAACUAAUCACCUACAUGAACAGCAUAGAAAUCGAAAUAAUUUGGAGGGAGGGGGGAGCCACAGCCUGUUUCUUAGCAAUGAUUGGGGUGGUGACACAGACAUGGGGACAGCAAGGCCACCUCAUAAGUCUCCUGACAAAAAUUUAUGUGUUUGCGGAAAGAUACAUAGUCAGAUGGAUACAUAGACAGCAAGGUGAUCUCAUAACACUCAUAUAUUUUUUUUUUUUCAAAUUAAGCAAAACAAACAAAAAAUGACUGAUAUGAUAUUGUCUGUGUCCCCCUCCCCGCUAAGCCAGAAGAGAUGGCCAUUGCUAUGGAACAGCUUUGUAAACAGGUUGCCAUGGCAAUGAAUGCGCAUGUGACAGUAGAAUAAUUGUUGAAAACAAUCAUUUCUGUGCCAUCCAGGUUGUAUCGAGUGCUGAAUAUGUGGUGAAAGGAAAGUAAAAAGGUAAAGCUGUUCCUGUAAUAGGCCAUGGAGGCCCACAGGUGUAUGAGACCUUGAGGCUCCCACAUUUUAUAGGCAGUUAGGUUGUCAGCCUUACAAGCUGGCUGCUCUUCACUCCACAGGAGCAUCCCUGGUACUCAUUUCUGUUGGAGGCUGAGUCGACCCCUGGGCCAUAAUGUGGGUGGAAG